GCGCGUUUGUUCUCGGUCAGUGUGUUUGUGUCCACCGUAGCGGUAAUCUGAAUUAACCAGAAACGAGCAUGUCUGUGGCUUUUGCACCGCACCGGCAGCGUGCCAAGGGCGAUAUAACGCCUGCCGGGAUACAGAAGUUACUGGAUGAAAACAAUCAGCUGAUUCAGUGCAUCAUGGACUUCCAGAGUAAAGGAAAAACAGCUGAAUGUUCACACUACCAACAGAUGCUACACAGAAAUCUGGUGUAUUUGGCGACAAUAGCAGACUCUAAUCAGAACAUGCAGUCUCUGCUCCCUGCGCCGCCCACUCAGAACAUGCCUAUGAAUCAGAGCGGAGCCACUCCUCAGCUGCCCCACGGUCACAGUAUGCCCUCAGAGGGUCCCUCUGCCCCGCACAUGCAGAGCCAGAUGAAUGGCCAGAUGCCAGGUCCAAAUCACAUGUCGAUGCAGGGUCCGGGGCCCAACCAGUCAUCCAGCAUACCCAGCGGCUCCAUGAACAUACCGCCCAGCAGCCACGGCUCCAUGGGGGCUUAUAAUCACGCCGUGCCCUCCUCACAGGGCAUACAGUCACAGGGGCAGAUGAACAUCAACCAGGGGCAGCCCAUGGGCAAUUACGGCCCUCGACCCAACAUGAACAUGCAGCCCAAUCAGGGGCCUAUGAUGCACCAGCAGGCUCCUUCCCAGCAGUACAACAUGCCCCCCUCUGGUGGCAGCGGGCAGCAUUACCAGGGGCAGCAGAACCCCAUGGGCAUGAUGGGGCAAGGCAAUCACGUGAUGGGGCAGAGGCCAAUGCCCCCAUACAGGCCACCACAUCAAGGACCUCCUCAGCAAUAUCCUGGUCAGGAUGAAUAUUACACGGAGCAAUACAGCCAUGGAGGACAGGGGGCACCAGAGGGAAACACACAGUAUGGUCAGCAGCAGGAGGCGUAUCAGCAGGGCCCGCCGCAGCAGCAGGGUUAUCCACCGCAGCAGCAGUACAGCGGGCAGCAGGGAUACCCGGGACAGCAGCAGGGCUACGGUCCGUCACAAGGCGCUCCAAGUCAGUACCCAAACUACCCGCAGAGUCAAGGGCAGCAGUAUACAGCCUACAGAGCCCCGCAGCCCGGACCACCACAGGGACAACCACAGCGUCCAUACGCUUUUGACCAGGGUCAGUAUGGAAACUACCAGCAGUAAACGAUGAGGAUUUUGACGUUCCCAGUGUGUUUCCCAGUCGGAGCUGUGUGUGAUCUGAGGAAGAGCAUCUAGCGCUCUCUCAGAGUCUCUAAACAUCACCAUCAUGAAGAGCUGAAUCUGUCCCGCUAACGUAGACUGAACUCUUCAUUCGGCCACAAGCAUUUGACCACAACCAACAACCAUUGGCUCGAUUCUCAGCACAGGUCAUGUAAAUGUGAAACACCCACACAAUCUCGCUUAAAAAACAAACAAAAAAAAAAAAAAAAGGAGAAGUUGUGACACACUUAAAACAAUUUCAUUUGUUUGAGAAGCAAUUUCAUAGCAGCGAUGCCUUAAGUGAAACAGCUGCCUUAUCUACAGCAACAAAAAAAUCAGUGAAAAUACACGAACACACACACAGCGAUGUUUAUAAGCUAUGAAACGUGUUUUGUUUUUCUAAUGAAAUUCAUUGUGUUGUUGUUGUUGUUGUUUUUGUGUUUUUCAACUCUCCUGCUAAUGUCAGAGAAGCAAUAACGCUGAGGUGCGAAUGAAGGCUAGCGGAGGGGUGCAAAAUGUUUCUUUUUUUCUCAAUUUCAGGUGCAGAACUAUGCUAUGAUGUAUAAAUGUAUUUUAUGCUUUAUCAAAUAGAGCUCAGAUUGAGUCCACGUGUUGAACAGUAGCUCAAAGUGUCGUCCCGUGUGCUUAUUGACCGUGUACAAAUUUAUUUUCCCUUUGUUUUUUUAAUUUUGAAGGUGGGACGUUCCAUUUGAAUUGACAUGUAUGUCUUGCUGAAAUUUGAUUAAACAGGUCUGGUACUGUA